CAAAGUAUAUACAGGCGGAAAAGCUUCUCUUAGCGCAUGCUCAGCUUGAUUCAUUCCCAGAGGAAUUCAGAGCCCUGAAAGCUGGACAGCCCAUUCCGACAGAUAGCCGUUUGAGUUCUCUUGCUCCAGAAUUCGACAAAGAUGCUGAGUUGAUAAGAGUGGGUGGACGUCUUCGUCGAGCUGAAACCCUGUCAUUUGAUACUAUUCACCCGAUUGUUCUAGACUCUCACCAUCAAGUCACAAAGUUACUGAUCCAAGACAUAGAUCAACAACUCCAUCACCCUGGUGCAGAACGAGUACUAGCAGAGCUAAGGCGUCGAUAUUGGGUGCUUAGAGGUCGCGAAGCUGUGCGGAAACACCAGCAUUUCUGUCAGAACUGCCAAUUCUGGCGUGCCAAGCCACAGAACCCACAAAUGGCCGACCUACCACCAUGCCGACUACGUCUGUUUAAACCACCAUUCUACUCUACGGGCAUAGACUGCUUCGGACCCUUUCACAUAAAGAUAGGCCGGCGCAGGGAGAAAAGAUGGGGGAUCUUAUUCAAGUGUUUAACCACCAGAUGUUUGCAUCUUGACCUACUUGAACAUCUAGAUACUGAUGCCUUCCUUCUGUCUCUACGACGUUUCAUAUCCCGUAGAGGGAAGCCUGCUGAAAUACUCUGUGAUAAUGGGACUAACUUUGUAGGAGGGGACCACGAGUUAAGAGACUCAUUUAAGCAAAUGGCCCCAAAGCUUCAGACACAGCUAGCUCAACAGCAGAUUCAGUUUCGAUUUAACCCACCAAACGCACCUCACUUUGGUGGAACCUGGGAGCGAGAAGUGAAAUCGGUUAAGGCUGCUUUGCAAGUCAUUCUUCGGGAACAAUGUGUACCAGAGUCUGUCCUACAAACCUUACUAGUGGAGGUGGAGGGCAUACUAAAUUCCAAACCCUUGGGCUACGUCUCAUCUGACAUUGCCGACCCAGAUCCUGUAACCCCAAAUAUGUUACUAAUGGGACGUCAUGAUGCCUCCUUGCCCCAAGUCCUUUAUGACUCUAACGAGAUGCUGGGUAAACGCAGGUGGCGACACAGUCAAGUACUGGCUGACCAAUUCUGGGCUGCAUUUGUCCAUCGCUACUUACCAGAACUACAGGGCAGGCAAAAAUGGAGAACAGAUGGUAAAGGGCUGGUAGUCGGCCAAGUUGUACUACUUAUAGAUAAUCAACUCCCGCGUGCGCUGUGGCCUGUGGGAACUGUUACAGAGACCUAUGCAGGGGCGGAUGGGAGGAUUCGAACUGCCAAAGUCCAAGUCAAGGAUAAGUCGUAUCUGAGGCCUGUUGUAAAACUCAUUCAAAUUCCGGAAAUGAAGGAUAAAGACACGGAAACCAAAGGUGGCCUUUCUUAAGGUUUACAAUUAUCUUUAUCGAUAAUUGGGGGCGGCUAUGUCAGAAAGCCCACUAGGAACCGAAAAUAUUUAGCGAGUUUCACACGGACUGUUAUUAGCGGUGCAACUUCCCAUACUCAGAUGCCGGGCCAGAUCACAAUGCGCUCCUUUUCUUCCGACAUGUUGUGCGUUCAUGCACCAAAUACCACAACAUACUUGGAAAGUUUGAUGGCACUGACUGCUUAAUAAUUGUUAUUAAAGAAGUUUGAAGAGGA